GUAUGUUGUAGUCAUUCAAAGGAUAACCAAAUGUGCCAUGAUGUCUGUGAACAGAUUUUCUCCUCAAAAAGUGAAUCCCGACUGAAACACCUGCUGCAGAGAGCCCCAGAUUACUGCCCAGAAUCGAUGGUUGAAAUUUGGAGUUGUAUGAAUUCAUCUUUGCCAGGUGUAUUUAAGAAGUCCGAUGGUUGGGUUGGCUUAGGCUGCUGUGAACUGGCUAUUGGCUUGGAGUGUCGACAGGCGUGCAAGCAGGCAUCUUCAAAGAAUGAUAUUUCCAAAGUUUGCAGAAAAGAAUAUGAGAAUGCUCUUUUCGGUUGCAUUAGCAGAAAUGAAAUGGGCUCGGUGUGCUGCAGUUACGCAGGUCAUCACACAAACUGCCGAGAAUUCUGUCAAGCCAUUUUUCGAACGGACUCUUCUCCUGGUCCAUCUCAGAUCAAAGCAGUGGAAAAUUAUUGUGCCUCUAUUAGUCCACAGUUGAUACACUGUGUGAACAAUUACACCCAGUCUUAUCCCAUGAGAAAUCCAACAGAUAGUUUAUAUUGCUGUGACAGAGCUGAAGAUCACGCUUGCCAAAAUGCCUGCAAGAGAAUUCUCAUGUCUAAGAAAACAGAAAUGGAGAUUGUUGAUGGUCUCAUCGAGGGUUGCAAGACCCAGCCCUUGCCUCAAGAUCCUCUUUGGCAGUGUUUUCUCGAAAGCUCACAGUCGGUUCACCCUGGAGUCACAGUACACCCUCCUCCCUCAACUGGCCUUGAUGGGGCUAAAUUGCAUUGUUGCUCUAAAGCAAACACUUCAACAUGUAGGGAACUGUGCACAAAACUUUAUAGCAUGAGCUGGGGAAACACCCAGAGUUGGCAAGAGUUUGACCGCAUCUGUGAAUAUAAUCCAGUGGAGGUGUCCAUGUUGACAUGUCUAGCUGAUGUCCGGGAACCGUGCCAGUUGGGCUGUAGAAACCUCACUUACUGUACAAACUUUAACAACAGGCCAACUGAACUUUUCAGGAGCUGUAACGCUCAGUCUGAUCAGGGAGCCAUGAAUGACAUGAAGCUGUGGGAGAAAGGAAGCAUAAAGAUGCCCUUCAUCAGCAUCCCUGUUCUCGACAUUAGGAAGUGCCAGCCAGACGUGUGGAAAGCAAUAGCCUGCUCGCUGCAGAUUAAGCCUUGCCACAGUAAAUCCCGAGGAAGCAUUAUCUGCAAGUCAGAUUGUGUAGAGAUUCUCAAGACAUGUGGAGACCAGAACAGAUUCCCUGAAGACCACACGGCUGAAAGUAUUUGUGAGUUCCUGUCUCCUGCAGAUGACCUGGAGAACUGUAUACCUCUGGAUACAUACCUCAGGCCAAGUGCUUUAGGUAACAUCAUAGAAGAAGUGACUCAUCCCUGUAACCCGAAUCCUUGCCCAGCCAAUGAGCUCUGUGAAGUGAACCGGAAAGGGUGUCCAUCUGGAGACCCCUGCCUUCCGUAUUCUUGUGUUCAAGGCUGCAAGUUGGGAGAAGCUUCUGACUUUAUUGUCCGUCAGGGGACACUGAUCCAGGUGCCGUCCUCUGCAGGGGAGGUUGGCUGUUACAAGAUCUGUUCCUGUGGACAAAGUGGCCUCUUGGAAAACUGUAUGGAGAUGCACUGUAUCGACCUCCAGAAGUCUUGCAUUGUUGGAGGAAAAAGAAAAAGUCAUGGAACAUCCUUCAAUAUUGACUGCAAUGUCUGUUCUUGUUUUGCUGGCAAUUUAGUGUGUUCCACCCGUCUCUGCCUCAAUGAGCACAGUUCAGAUGAUGACCGCCGCACCUUCACAGGUCUGCCCUGUAACUGUGCCGAUCAGUUUGUCCCAGUGUGUGCACAGAAUGGACGCACUUACCCCAGUGCCUGCAUUGCCCGCUGUGUGGGUCUCCAAGACCAUCAGUUUGAGUUUGGACCUUGUAUCUCCAAGGAUCCCUGUAAUCCUAACCUCUGCCCCAAAAGCCAAAGAUGUGUGCCAAGACCACAGGUUUGCCUGACGACCUUUGAUAAAUUUGGAUGUAGCCAGUAUGAGUGUGUGCACAGACAGCUCACCUGUGAGCAGGUCCGAGAUCCUGUGUGUGAUACAGACCACAUAGAGCACAGCAGUCUCUGCACUUUGUACCAAAGAGGAAAAAGCCUCUCUUACAGAGGCCCCUGCCAGCCCUUCUGCAGAGCUGCAGAGCCUGUUUGCGGGCACAAUGGUGAGACUUACAGCAGUGUGUGUGCUGCCUACUCGGAUCGUGUGGCAGUUGACUACUAUGGGCCCUGCCAGGCUGUUGGGGUCCUCUCUGAAUACAGUGCUGUGGCCGAGUGUGCUGCUGUGAAGUGUCCUUCACUCUCAUCCAUGGGCUGCAAACCCGUCAUUCCACCCGGUGCUUGUUGCCCAUUAUGUGCUGGGAUGUUACGGGUUUUAUUUGACAAAGAAAAACUGGACACUAUUGCUAAGGUGACAAACAAGAAGCCAAUUACAGUUCUGGAGAUUCUUCAGAAGAUCCGCAUGCACGUGUCUGUCCCACAGUGUGAUGUGUUUGGAUACUUGAGCAUCGAGUCGGAGAUUGUGAUCCUGAUUAUCCCUGUUGACCAUUAUCCAAAAGCUUUGCAGAUUGAGGCCUGCAAUAAAGAAGCAGAGAAAAUCGAGUCCCUCAUCAACUCGGACAGCCCCACUCUGGCGUCCCAUGUCCCUCUCUCUGCCCUCAUUAUUUCCCAGGUGCAGGUCUCCAGAAGCCUUCCCUCCUCUGCUGUGAAGGACAGGCCUCCCUGCCACUCCCUGCUCCUCUUCAGCCUGGGUCUCGCCAUGCACUUGCUGUGGAUUCGCCCCUGACUGCCCACAAAAGCUGCAAACCAUCCCUUGACUCGGCCAGCCCACCUUGUGAAGACAUUCAGGACUGUUAGCGGGUGGCCGAGAAAAAGCACGUGUCACCUCUUAGCACCACACAGUAUUUUUUUUUAAAUCUGCCAAUACUAGGGGUUUUGCCUUGAAUUUAAAAUGAUAAACUAGGCUCUCCCAGUAUAAUGGAAUCUAUUGCUGGUGGGUCACGGGGCCACAGUUUACAUUUUGCUCAGUAGAUAAGUACCCUUCUCCAAAGCAAAUGUACCGUCACUGAUCAAUGAGACGGUCACUUCAUAGGAGAGCCCCUUUGCUGUUGGGUUUGUGUCCUAGUGGCUUU